AUGCCUCCGCGCAAGAGAGAGCGAGCGAGCGCGCGCACUCGCUCCAGCGCGAGGUCGGAGCAGAGCCAGGGCCGCGCCGCGGGCUCACGAAGCAAAGGCGGGCCUGGCAAGGCGUGUGCUGCGAGCGCUGCGAGCGCGAGUCUGUCCGCGACCGCGGCUCAGGAGGAGUCGGACGACGACGCCGCGGCCGCCACGGCCCGGCCGCAGGAGACCGGCACAGCGCUCUCGUGCGUGCUCAAGGUGUACUGCACCUCAGUGCGUCCAAACUUUGCGCAACCCUGGCAGAUGAAGAGGCAGCAGGAAUCCACCAGCUCCGGCUUCAUCUUGCGCGAUGAGCAAAUCUUCCCGGCCAGGGGCAUCAUCAUCCUCACGAACGCGCACAGCGUCGCGCACAGCGUCACCGUGCGCGUUCGCAAGCACGGCUCGCCAGUCAAGCACGUGGCCAAGGUGCUGCACAUCGGCCACGAGUGCGACGUGGCCGUCCUGGUGGUGGAGGACCCGGCCUUUUACGACGACCUCCCGGAGCCGCUGCAGCUCGGGCACACGGCGCGGCUCCAAGACCCGGUCACGGUGGUCGGCUACCCCACCGGAGGGGACAACCUGAGCGUGACGGUCGGCGUCGUCUCUCGUGUCGACGUGCAGGCGUACUCGCACUCGAGCGAGCGCUUCCUCACGCUGCAGAUCGACGCGGCGAUCAACGCAGGCAGGUGGCGCAACUCGGGCGGGCCCGCACUCAAGGCGGGGCGCUGCGUCGGCAUCGCGUUUGAGACGCUGGACGACGCGGAGAACAUCGGCUACCUGAUCCCGGCCGCGGUGGUGGCCCGCUUCCUCGACGACCUCCGCUCGCACGGAGAGUACACGCGCUGGUGCUCGCUCGGCUUCUCGUGGCAGCCGGUGGAGAGCCCGGCGCUGCGCUCGCACCUCAAGCUGGGGGAGGGGCGGUCGGGCGUGUACGUCGGCGAGGUGUACCCCACCGGCGCUGCGAGCGGCGUGCUCCGCGAGGGAGACGUGGUGCUCCGCCUCGGAGGGCAGCCGAUCGCCGACGACGGCACCGUCCCGUUCGAGCCAGCGGCCGAGGUUCGCGGCGGCGCCUCGUGCCGCUCGCAGCGCGUCUCGUUCGACGCGCUGCUGCUCCGCCACUUUGUGGGCGACUCGAUCGCCGCGCACGUGCUGCGGGGCGGCGCCGAGCGGCAGGUGCGGCUGCCGCUCGGCUGCCACCACCCGCUGGUGCCGCUGCACCUGCACGAGGAGCGUCCCUCGUACGUCGUCUGCGGCGGCGCCGUCUUCACUGCGCUCUCGCAGCCCUACCUGCAGCACGAGUGGGGAAAGGCGUGGGAGCGGCGGGCGCCCCCGCUCCGCCUCGCCCGAAAGGUGGUCCUCCUCUCGCAGCUGCUCGGCCACGAGUGCGUGCGUGGCUACGACAGCGCGCUGCUCGCAAACUCGAUGGUGCGGGCGCUCAACGGCGUCCCCAUCCUCUGCCUCGCGCAGCUGGCGCAGCUCGUCCGCGCCUGCCGCCAGCGCUCGCUCCGCUUCGACCUCGAGGAGAGCCGCGUGCUCGUCCUCGACACUGCGCAGGCGCGCGGCGCGGAGGCGGAGAUCCUGCAACAGCACAACAUCCCCGAGCCGGUGCUGAUCAACGAGAGGGACGCGGCGCUGUUACGGUGA